CACAAUGGCUGCUCGAAAGAGGAGAAAGCAAACAAUUUUCAGGCCCGCCGCGUCUAGCAAAAAAUAUGAGAAAAAAAUUAUUAAAAAUUCGGAAAAUAGUUGAAAGUCGAGAAAAACUCAACAGAAAGGAUGUUAAAGCGUCCAGGAGCCCUGAGUCCGGGCGAUGUUGAGCACAUAAAACUGGAUAAAACAAUUGCAACAGUACUAGUCGGGCAUCGUGCCCCUGUCAGUGUAGCUGGUCUGCCUUAGGGUGCAAUGGCCACGGGAACCCAGGACCACCGUGACCACAUCCUGGAAAAAGCCAAGCUUGCACCAUCCACAGGGAGGCGCAGGAGAGCAGAAGGGAAGCCGAAGAAGAAUUUCCCUUGCCAGGAGUGUCAGAAAGCUUUCAACAGUCUGGAGAAGUUGAAGGUGCACUCGUACUCACACACAGGGGAAAGACCUUACCGCUGCUCCCACCCUGACUGUACCAAGGCUUUCGUCUCCAAAUACAAGCUGCUACGGCAUAUGGCAACUCACUCGCCAGAAAAAAACCACAAGUGUUCAUACUGUGAGAAAAUGUUCCACCGCAAGGAUCACUUAAAGAAUCAUCUACACACUCACGACCCACACAAGGAGGCUUUCACCUGCCAGGAGUGUGGCAAGAGCUACAACACCAAGUUGGGUUUCAAACGCCACCUUGCCCUGCAUGCAGCCAACAGUGGAGACCUCACCUGCCAAGUGUGCCUACAGCCAUUUCCUAGCACUGGGGUUCUGCUGGAACACCUCAAAACACAUGCUGGCAAGUCCUCUGGCGGGACCAAAGAGAAAAAGCAUCGCUGUGAACAUUGCGAGCGACGAUUUUACACCCGGAAAGAUGUGCGACGCCACAUGGUUGUGCACACCGGACGCAAGGACUUCCUUUGUCAGUACUGUGCCCAGCGCUUCGGUAGGAAGGACCACCUGACACGCCAUGUGAAAAAGAGCCAUGCCCGAGAGCUGCUGAGAGUAAAAACUGAGCCAGCUGAUUCGCUGGAGCCCAUCGUCUAUGACUUGGCGUCUGGGAGCAUCAAGGGUGAGCUCCCAGGAAUGCUGACACCAAGGCCACACCAGCUCAACAUGUACACAGGCCCCAUCCUGGACACAGAGCCUUUCCCCACCUCCACACAUCCAUUUUCUUUAAAGUAUCCUCUGGGCUCCAACUUUACCUCAUACGCUGUCUCCUCGCAGGAGCGGGAGCAGAAUCUAAAGGGAGACCUGGAGACCUACCUGAUGGAGCUGCAGAGCAGCAUGCCUUCCUCAUCCUCUGCAGCCCAAGAACCCCAACUUUCUUCCUCCAAACUUGAGUUGGUGCCUCAAGUUAGUGUGCUGGAGGAAGCCAGCGAGGAGGUGUCCCUGUCUAAAAUGUCUACAUCAGUGGCAGUCACUGUGGGCGACUCUCUGGCCUCAUCUUCAUCUCUAAUGGACUUCUCACAGCUUUUCAACUUCCUGCCACUCAAUGGGCCUCCAUACAGUCAGGUAGGAGGCAGCGGAGGGCAGGGUAUCACCUUUCCACCCAAUGAAGAGCCCACAACUCUUGCCCAGCUGCCUCCCCAGGCGCCCACAGGUUCAGAAGCUGCAGAGAGUCCACUUCAAGGGCUUCCCUCCUCCUUCAUAUCCAACCUGACCACACCCACCACAUUGCCCCGCUUCCACCAAGCUUUUCAGUGACCCAGUAUGUACUGCGCUUGACACGCUUGCACUCAAACACACUGACACACAUGAGUUACAAAACCACACCAGCAGAUAGACAACCAAACCAGAUUCCAGUAAUGCAUGUUUAAAGAUAUUAGCACUUCUGACCAUGAUAUAAUAACAUGACUAGACGCUAACACUGUCUGCAGCAGGAACACACCUCCACACUACAGUUGCCCUAAUCGACUUCCUGAUGGCUACUGUCGGAAUGUCAGCUUUUGGAAAAACAAGUUUUUUAAUGACAGAUUGGCAAGUCUUCACCACCACAGUUCCUUAAUGAUCUCAAAAUAGCAGGACAAUGAUCCUAUUUGCUCUGUUUAUGCAUACUCUUCCAAAUUCAUAGGUUCUACUUUUACUAAUUUCUGAUUUUGAGAGAGAAAAGACUUCACAGGCAGACUAGAAUAUUUAUUUUUAGUUGCAGCACAAGCUGUAAUCUUCAGCUAUGUUUUCUAAACCCCAGUUAAACAUAUUUAAGUGCAGCACAGCUCUGUACACUGCAACACUAAUGUCACCACAAGAACACACCAUGUGGAAAGGAGUAAAAACUGUUUUCACCAACAGUGUGGACAUUACUAAGCAGUGACAGUAGUAGCUGUGCCAGUUUAUACAUAAAUUAGUCUUUUGUGCAUUGGAGAAUUUUCACAUAAAUGAAUGACAAUAGUAAUUUGACUGCAGUGACUUUUCUUUACCAAACUACAGUGCUUUUGAAUAGGUUUACCUUAGUAUGCAGAUUUUCCAUGUGUAUGUGGUUUGUCAUGAAGCACUUUGUAUUUCACGAUGUUGUCUGACAUCUCAGCUGACCUUUUUUUCCUUCUUUUAGUUGUAGAAAGAUUUUAAAGGACCAAUAUGUACUUUUUUUCUUUUAAAAGAACGUUAAUGUUCAUUAGAUUAGUAAUAGGUAGGCUAAAACUUGUAAAAAUCAUCGCUUUGGUCCUUUUGAUCAAUAUCAAUCAAAAAGAUUAAAGUUAAAUUAAUAUCAAUCGACCAAUAAAUCAGAGGUUCACCCAAAUUAUGAUGAAUAAAGUGCUGAGUAGGAAGCAAGGAGCAAUAGUUUUACAUGUCAUUUUGGUAGUUGGUCAAGUGAAAUUAGUCUUUGUGGGGUUACUUGGCUAUCCCACCCCAAAUCCACCAAACACAAACAAAUAUGGCUGCUAACAGCUGACACAUUACUGUAGAUUGUUCAGAUCUCACUAACCUCAUUAGUGUAUAUCGUCAUAUUGAGUGAGCUGACAGCAAAGGCUAUCAUCCCCCUUUCCCCUGUCAACACCCGCUCCACCACACAAUUAAUGCAGCACCCUUAAUUGGAGAGCUACGAUCACCCAUGUAUCAGGGAUAACAGGCACCACGUUCUACACAGAAAAGUCUCAAGUCUUAACCAUGACACACAAAAUCACAGCCAUUCACUCUGUAUGAAGCGCAUCCAGCAUACCCCAGUUAUCGCGAAACAUCCUCAUUAGAGUUGCUCCUGAACGAAGCUUGUCCGAGCCAGCUUUAGUUGCUAAUUCAAGUCAUUACCCAACUAGUCAUCACAAAUGUGUGAUAAUGAAUUGUCUGAAUUCACAGUCGUGAACUAAAGAUUAUGUAAACUUGUAGAGACCGUGUAUAUCAGGGCAGUGUUUGGAUUUCAAUGACUCCUACAACUCUUAAUUUUCUAUGAUGGAACCACUGAAAUCCAUGCACCUUUGUUACAAAAAGCAGUUGUGCAUUUUGGUUCCUUCAUAGAUUUAUUAUGGGUUUUCUGGAAUUAUGACAAAUUCUACUGAGUCAAAAAAUACAUACAGCAGAUCUAAUAUUUGGUUAAAUGUCUUUUGGCUGUUUUCACCUCAGUUAGGUGCUUUGAUAGCAAUUCACAAGUUUCUAGCUUCUGGUAGUAUUUUUGACCAUUCCUCUUGACAGAGUUGGUGCAUAUCAACUAAAUUUGUUGGCUUUCAGUUAGAGACUCUUUUUUUUUUUUUUUUAGCACAGUUCACUGAUUCUCGAUGAGGUUUAAGUCAAGACUUUGGGAAGGCCAGUCUAAACCAUUAAUUCUAGCCCGAUUUACCCAUUUUGUUACUGCUUUUGAUAUGCGUUUGGGGUCAUUGCCUUGUUGAAAGACCCAGCAAGAUCCAACCUUGUAGCUGAUGAUUUUAGGUUUUCUUUAAGAAUAUGGAGGUAAUCCUCCUUCUUCAUCAUUCCAUUUACUUCGUGUAAACCACCAGUUGCACUGGCACCAGAACAGCCCCAGAGCAUAAUACUACCACCACCAUGUUUGACAAUAGGUUUUGGUGUCCUUGGGGUUAAGGGCUUCACCUUCUCUCCUUCAAAUAUAUUUCUGGUCAUUGUGGCCAAAUAGCUCCAUUUUUGUUUCAUCUGAUGACAGAACUUUCCUCCAGAUGGCCUUUCCUUUGUUCAAGUGAUCAGCAGAAAACUGCGAUCGAGCUUUAAGGUGCCGUCCAUGGAAAACUGGCUUCCUUCUUCCAUUGCAGCUUCUCAGCUCAUGGUGAUGUAGAACACACUUGACUGUGGACACUAACACCAGUGUUCCAGCAGCUUCUGGUUCAUUGCAGACCUGCUGUUUAGUGAUUCUUGGUUGACUCUUGACCAUCCUGACCAAUUUUCUCUCGACAGCAAGUGAUAGUUUACAUAUUCUUCCUGAUUUUUGCAGUGAUACUUGUUUGCACACUUGAUUUUGGCAUCUUAGGCAUCUUUGAAAUAACACCAAAUGACUUUUCUGACUUGUUCAAGUCAAUUAUUUGCUUUUUCAGAUCUGUGCUCUGCUGACUUUCCCAUUGUAGUGUUUGUGGCAGAGUCUAAUUAGUGCAUCAAAUGGAUCCUGUUUUAGUUGGCGCAGAGAAGUGAGCAACUGUAGUCCAUUGUAAUCACUCACAAAAAGUUAGGAGGCUAUGCCACUAAGGAAAUUUGAUUAGCACAGUUUUCUACAUCACCAAAACUGAUCAUUCAAGUUGCUGUAUGUGUAUCUUUGAACUGGCAGAUUUUGUCAUAUUUUCAGUAGAUCUACAAAAGAACCAAAAUGAUUAUUUUUUGUGACAAAGAUCCAUGUGUUUCAGUUAUUCAUCAUAGAAAAUUAUGUUGAUGUAGGAGCUUUAGGAGUUAAUGGAAACUCAGUACUGCCACGAUAUGCAUGGUCUUUAAACUUUUGUUGACAACUGUAUAUGUUUUGGAGACCUCUGAAAAGUGAUUUGAGGGCUGAGAGAGAACAAUAUAUUUAGACUAACAUGUUUCCACAAAGUGCCUUUAUUCGCAGUUUGAAGUAUCAUAUUCAAAAAGGUUAAAGAACAUGGCAAAAAAAAUUUUUUUAAAUACUCAACUUUGCAGAAAAAGUUUUUAUGCUGCUUAAGGGUUUUUUUUGGAUGUUUUUGAAAAACAGUAAACAUAUGUAAGAGGAGAUGGAAAACCUUUUUUCGAAUCAGUCCUGACAGUGAAUUUAUCUCAUGACUUUUCUUGUCUAUUGCCCAAACCUGCAAUGAGGAAACUAAAACGCUGAUGCCCUAAAACGCACCAACAACCCUGCUGUAGCACUGUGUCUAACCAAGCACAGAGUUUAGAUUGGAUUCACUGCCUCAGAGACUUCUGCCUCUUCUCCACUAGAAUUAAAACCUAGAAGAUUAUGCUUGGUAUCUUUAGGAGCUGAGGAAGGGACUGGGCUCCACAUCUCAUUUUACAUCCAAUGAGGUUGAGUUGAUGAGCGUUCUGUUACAGACCUACACCUCUUUUGAUAACCCUCCUCAACUUAACCAAAAGUUGUGCUGCACAGAAACUGUAGAAAGGAUGAAUCUUAACACAAUUUACCAAUAGAAUAAAAAAAAUAUAUUAUUAAAUAGAAGCUAGGCCUUUUUAUAAUGGUCCAGUAUUGGUCUUAAGCAUUCUUGUCUGGUGACAGGGUUGGAACAAUGAACAUAAUUAGAACUUUUUCAUUUAAAACAUGGCUGUUGGAGUAAUCAGUAAAAACUGUCCUCAGUAACUGGGAUACUGUCAUAAGAAAAAUGUUUGUCCCUGAAUUUCUUCAAUUGUGAUGAAAAUUUGGAUACUUUGAGCUCCACAAAUUAAUUUCAAUUUGCGUUCUUUGCUCUGGUGAAGUAGAUGUCUCAAAGACUAAGCAAAACUACCAGAAUGGAUCGAUAUCUGUAGGAGGAGUGAACAAGUUUUUUAAAAUGAACUACACCUGCAUUUCGAAAAUAAAGAAAUUAGCAUACAAUCUACAUGUUUUUUUUCAAAAGGUCAGUUGACAUUUAGAUUUUUUUGUAUCCUCUUUUUGUUUUCUUUUUGGUUAUUUCCACCUCUAACCAAACCACCAGGAGAGUUCCUUCUCAUGCAGCCUGGUCAUUAGGCAUUUGUCAGUUGAGGGAUUUAGAGUAAAGUGAUGCUCCAUGUUGCAAAGCUCUGCCCAGCAGGUGUUGACAGCUGAUGAAACAGUGUUUGAUGUUUGCUUUUGAGAGUGAAAGGUAUCGGUGAGCAGUAGUUCCACUUCACCUCCAAUAGACAGAGUCCUCAGUGCUUCAGUCAGUCCAUACAGUAAACAUAUACAUUUAAAACUGUGCUCCCUGUUCAUAAUGCAUGAGUAGCCUUCCUGCUCAAUUUAAUCAUAUUCAGAUCAGACAAAAUAAACAGAACUGGUGUGUGAUAUACCACGCAGUACUUUAGCAUAUCAGUGGUUUGCUGUCAUCUAAAUUCAAAGUGUAAAAAUGGCACAAAUACAUAUGUAUUUGUUUAUGCUGCUUCCCACAGGUUAUCCAUUACAUCCACUAGCAGCACCUUUCACUUAUUAUUCUAUAUUCUGUUAAUAAUUCCAACAUUUCAGAAGGCAUGUGUGAUUGAAAGACGCACUAGACUUACUCUUUCUUUUGAAUAGUCAUUAAAAACGUGGAGUCUUGGCUUUCAGUGGCAUGCUGGAAUGAACAGAUACAGAAUACAUCUGUAAUAAUAAGUGGACAUUCUGUGUGAAAAGUUGAGGUUCAGUAUAUGUCUUUGCAAAAAGGAUUAGAUAGUAAACUACGGUUAGCACUGAUGCAUCGCCUUGGCACACAAGACGAGCACUUCUUGUUACCUCUAUUGAUUGUGUUGUAUAUUUAGAUUUUUUUAAAUGUUGUUUUGCAUUGAAUACUAGAGUUACUGCAGUGAUCACUUCUUAUGUACCAGUUUUGGUGAGCCUCAUUUAUGACCUCGGCACACUUACUGUCAGAUACCGGAGCAUUGCUUUGCAAAUCGUAGGAGAAAAUGUUCUUUUUUGGGGACGACAGAAAGCAUCUAUGAAAAACUGCUAAAAACUAGAAGAUUUGGUUUCAUCAACCAACAGAAAUUUAGAUUUCCCUACUAAGGAUUGUGUAGGAAAUCCUGAAGUAACACACAGAAUGUCAGCUGUUGCUAGCUAGACUCUAACCUCCCUUCUUAUACAGUUAAUGUGUGAAGCACCGAAUCCCAAAAUCUGUGCUGAAAGCUGACAUCAAAUGUCUGAACAGAUUCAUAAUCUUACUGAAUUAUCCUUUGACCUGAUCAUUCUUGAGUUAAAUCAAAUGAUACAGAAAAUUGAGGGGCAUAGAUCCAAAAAGCAUAAUUUUAUUCCCACUCACUCAACACUUAUUUUUCUCUCCACUCACUACAAACUCUUAAGGACAAUUUGUCAAUAGAUGUUUUUUGUUGAAUGUUUUAUAGUAAACAGUUUAAUAACAACAAACACUGUUCUAUCUGAAUGAAAAUUCUCAAUUUUCAAAAACUAUUAUUGCCCCUAGUUUUUACUUUCCUGCAACAAUAUUUUGAUUCUGUGUAGUAUUCACAUAAAUAAAUCAGUGAUUAUGUUAUUAAGCAUAGUGAAAAGUAUGAUUACAAAGCCUUUUUUUUGUGACAACAAAUACAAGAAUGCAUUUCAAUUUUAUGUACCUGCACUGAAUAUUAACAUUUAUCCCUAAAAUAAGUUUUAAUGAAUUGACAGCAAUCCUUCUUGGAAAACAUUACAUUCAAAAACCUUCAAAAACAAGUUUUUCAGCCCUGAAAUUACAUUUAGCGAGAUCUGUGCCAGUCUGUUUUUAAGCAGGACCACAGAAUCUGACGCAAUUCAAUACGACAGCUCUGUCAUAAAGUCUACUUUAAUUUAACUUCGAUUUUCAGUUUUUGUUAAUGUCAGGAACAUCAUCAAUUUUCAUUUUUUGAAUAUACCUACAGUCAAUAUUAACCGCCACCCACUAUGACCUCAACAUUAGACAGAAAGUAGAACCACAUUAAUCCAACUGAGUCAGAAUUUCUUUGCAGGAGAAAGUGAAAACCAUUCAAGAUAUGAAUGAAUUGGAUUUUAAUAGAAAAAUUAAACAAUUUUAAUAGAAAAUGAUUAUUAUUGAGUGGAUUAUUGUCAGACAUUCACCAACAACUGUUCAGAUCCAAGUUACUCUCAGGGUUUCAUGGAGUACCUUUACAAAUCCAGACAAGAAAAGCACGCAGAGAGCACAGUACUCCAGCAAGGCUGCUCAGUUAUCGUAUGAUUUCCCUCCGUUCGCUGCAUCGAAUUUGCAUAAAGUAGAAGUCGAGUCUACUUUAUGCAAAUGAGCUGUGGCCUGCUCUGGAGAGACGCACCGCAACCGGACCAGCAUUAACACAGUGCGUUUCACAUAGAUGAUGAAUGGGAUGCGGGAAAUUGCCAGAUCUAGUGGACACAUACCUUUACAGUGACGCCGUGCUGCUAUCUCGCAAAGAUGCAGAUGUCUUUAACAAAUCUGUGGAUCCAGAAUAUAAGCCACAUCACUGCCAAAAUCUAAUCACUUGGUCCUUCUGUCAUUUCUGACCUUCCCUGAAAAUUUCAUUCAAAUCCGUUGGUCUGUUCUUGAGUAAUGUUGCUAACAGGCAGACAGACAAACAAACAUACGCCGAUCGUAACAUAACUCUGUCGCAUUCUUGGCGGAGUAAUAAUAUCAUACAGUGGGGGAAAAGUGACAGAUGGGGCUUAGAAGGAGUCACAAAGAUGAUAAAAAGUAGCUCUGAGGGCUAAAUUUCAAAAAUCACAAACUGUAUUUAAAGAAGUCCUGAACUUAUAGUUCGGUGAGUUGGUAUGAAGUGACCUCAGUUUCACUAAACUGCUUUCUCCAGACAGUUUUAGGCUAUUACUUCAAUUUAAACAACAUUUGAUUUGAUAUUUAAAGUUUAUCAAAUGAGCAAAGUAGUGAACAAACUGACAAGUGAGGGGGUGUUUAAGGGGCCCACGAAGUCUAAGUGGGCCUUUAAUCAACAUUAUUUUGUCCAACUGCUGUUCACUAGAGUGAACUUUCUGCUCACUAUUUGAAUACUGUGCCUUCUUUUGUAAAUGAGGUAUAAAAGUUUUCUUUAGUGUACUUUCCACCAACAUAACUGAAGGAUGAAAAUUCCCAAAGGUGAUGUUAGCUGAUGUAUACAGGUCCAUUAAGUGAGAUAACAUAUGAGACAUAGUUCUGGAAACUUUGGAAGUCUCCGUUCCACCACAGCAGUCCGCAGUGUGUCUUAUGUUUGAUGCAUGUAAAACCCAAUAGUGUUAUCACUUACCUCACAUAUUCAUCUUGCUUUGGGCUCCAAGAUUCAGAAAAAAAUGCUAAACUAGAAGUAUUAAGCUGGAGUUUUUCCUUCCUGAAUGACAGGACUUGAUGAGUCAUGAAUGGAGACGAUGUGUUUCUGUAAAAUGUAGAGCUGAAUGUGUAAUGUUUCAGACCAUUUAUGAAAACGUGUUAUUUGUACCGUGUGAAGGUUUGUGGUUUUACAAGAGAUAUUAGCAAGCCGCUAUUUUUUUUUGUAAUCAUAGCACUUUUUGUAAAUUGAAUGCCUUUAUUUCCUCCAGUACCCUCUGUUUUAAACCUUUAUUACAAAAUUUAUAGAUGAUAUAUUUAGCUCUUUUAGAGAACAAUAACUUGUAAAUACAAUAUAAAAUGUUUUAUUUUUACAGGUACAAUUUUGACAGUGUUUUUCCUAUCAAAGUGUCAUUGUUGCUUUACUUGCACAAGUGUUCUCUGUAACUCAUUGAGGGUUCUGUUAGCAAAUGGCGAACCUUUAAACACAGAUUUUUUGCCUGCCGGGUUUUUCAGACGGCCUUUGACAAUUCAUCCGCUGGUUUAGGUAAAAACUCAGACAAUAAUUUUGCUUAAAUGGACAGUUUUAUAGCACUUAUUUGUAUCAUGUUGCCAUGGGUUGUUCAGAUGUUAAAUAGGAGAUAUAUAUGUUCAGUCACUCCCAGGGCGUUUUUCACUCUUCUGUCCUCCUCUGAUGUCAGUGGGACAUCAUGAAAACAUAUUACUUGACUUCUUAGUGGCUUCUGUCUGUAAGCUGUUGCAUAAACACAAAUUUGAUCAGUUAGCUGCAAUACUAACUUGAUACAUGACUCAUAUGGACUGUAUGACAGAAUCUAGGGAUCUGAUAAGGGGACAGUAAAAGCAACGACUGUGGCUCAAAGCUGAAAGAAUACAAAUUUCUAUGUAAUCGAGAGUAGUAGAGGCGAUCCAGAUUUGAGUUUCGUAACUCUAAAGCUAAUCUAAACAGUCCUGGGACAAAGGAAGAGGAAGGCAGAAUGUCGCCCGUGGUUGUGUAGUGACUGAGGGAAAGGAGAUGCUGUUUGGUGAGAGGCGCAGACCUUUCCUGGUUCAUGUCAGACUUCUUUAUAAGCUUCAGUGGUACCAGUGAACUUUGAUGAAUGUGUAUGUAAGAAACACUGCAAUACUGCAAUAUAUUUUUGGUAUUGGAUCAAGCUGCUAACAUACUUCUAAAGCUCCUUAAGGUGCUACAGACCUCUUUUCUAGUUCUUAAAUGUACCGUUUGUACAAAGUAUCUAGUUUGCUAAACAGUUGGCAUGUGUGUGCCUGGUUGUACUAUAUAGCUACAUAUAUUUUUUAUUGUACUGUGACUUUUGUAGUCUUUUUACAGACUUGCCUGUAAUAUUCUGCCCACCACCCACCCAGAAACACACAGCUCUGUGUUGUGAUAUUGGGAGUCAUGUUGGAAGGUUGCUCUGACGGAGACGUCGGUGCUGAUGCUGAGAAACGUGACAACAUGACCGCAUGAUGCCAUUCAAAAUAAGCUGAGAAGGUUCAGAGAUGAACUGCAUUCCAGCUCUGUUGGUUUUGCUUUUUGUUGGAUUUUACCAGUACCAUCCUGUGACAAUGAUAGAUUGCAAAUUCUCAAUAUUUUACUUCAAGUUUAUUUUACAAACUACUGUUGUAUUUUUAUAAAUAUAGGCAAAGUAAAUCACAUAUAUAUAAGUAAAUAUAUAUAUGUAUAUGUUCAUAGGUUGUGUAAAAAUAAAUAUUAAUGCUGCAACUUUUAUCUGUUGUUUUUUAAACCUUGACAUCAUCCAAAGAAGCAGAUUAUUUAUUGUCUGGCAGAAUAACCUGAUUUGAUUCACAUAUUUUGCUGCUAUGAGAGAGAAGAGCUGCAGUCAACAACUCCAGUGUUUUUACUCAAUGUAAUGAAAGUUCAAUAAACAUACCAGAAGGAUCCAACCGCCAGUCUGUUUGGUGA